GGCUAUGCCGCCAUUCACAAUCAUACCACAGCACCCACCCAGGUAUAUCACAACAGAAAUUUUGUGCUUGAUAUCAGAAAGACAAAAGUUAUCGCAAUGGCUCCACGUCUUGCAUUUAUCGGUAUGGGUUUGAUGGGCCAGGGUAUCACAAAGAAUCUGGUCGAAAAGGGAGAAUUUGAAAAACCUCUAAUUCUCUACAAUCGAACACAAAGCCGUGCCGAAGAGCAAAGCGCACGUAUUGGACACUCAAUAGUGUCCAGUUCUUUGUCUGAGGUCGUAUCAAAAGCCGACAUUAUCUGGUCAUGUAUUCAAAACGAGGAGGCCGUAACAGAAAUGUUCAAGUCCCUCUCCAGUUUUGAUAUCCGUGGGAAAUUGUUCGUGGAAAGCUCAACGAUCCCGGCUGAGACCGCAGAUAGUCUCUCGAAGCAAAUCUUGGAUGCUGGUGCCGAGUUUGUUUCUAUGCCUGUUUUUGGUGAGCCUAGUCUAGCAUAUGCUGGGAAUCUAGUUUGCGUUCCAGCAGGCCCUCGGGAGUCGGUUGCCCGUAUAAAACCUUACCUUGUGGGCGUAGUAGCAAAAGCAAUUAUCGAUCUCAGUGGAGAGAGUCCCGGUAAAGCUGCUCUAUUAAAGAUGAUAGGAAAUGUUCUAAUCGUGUCGACAAUGGAGACUGUGGCUGAAGUGAGCGUACUUGCAGCGAAAACUGGGAUAGGUAACUCCCAUAUCCAAGAGUUGAUCUCGAACUAUUAUAAAGUCGGUCCCCCAAUAUACGCGAAGAAAAUGCAUGCAGGUGAUUACUACAAACAUGAGCCAAUGGUCGAGACUUCCAAAGCUAUCGAUCUUAGUUCAAAAGUUCUUGAGCUAGCGGCAUCCGUUGGAGUGCCGCUAAAAGGGUAUGAAGUUGGAAUCGAGCAUAUGGUUGCUGCAAGAGACAUUGCUGGUCCAAAAGCUGAUAUUCUCAGCAUUUAUGGAGCUGUUAGAAUGGAGAGCAACUUAAAAUUUCAGAACAGUGAUGAGAAAUAGUUGUAAUGACUUACGGUGGAUAUCGGAAAGUGAGGUUUCUUAUACAGAUACUGCGCAGUAAAUUUGUGAUGGUUAAAUUCAUGUACUAGAAUAGAAAGAAAUCAAGUUACCA